AUGAGUGAACCUGUUUACAUUGUUAGUGCUGCUAGAACCCCAAUUGGCUCCUUCCAAGGAUCUUUGUCCUCUCUGAGCUGUAUUGACCUCGGAGCUCACGCGGUUGUUGCUGCGUUGGAGAAAGUUCCUCAGAUUAAACCAACUGCCGUCGAAGAAAUCUUCUUUGGUAACGUUCUUCAAGCCAACCUGGGUCAAGCGCCAGCAAGACAAGUUGCCAUCAAGGCUGGUCUGGGUGAAGACACAGUCGCUACUACUGUUAACAAGGUCUGUGCUUCUGCAUUGAAAUCUAUUAUCUUGGGAGCUCAAGCCAUUCUGACUGGAACUGCCGAUAUUGUUGUUGCUGGUGGUGCUGAGUCUAUGACCAACACACCUUACUAUGUUCCCAAUGCACGUGCUGGUCUAAAAUUUGGUAACGGUAUUUUAGUCGAUGGUGUUUCAAAGGACGGUUUGAAUGACGCGUACGAUGGUUUGGCUAUGGGUGUCCAUGCCGAGAAAUGUGCCUCUGACCAUGAUUUGUCAAGAGAAGCACAAGAUGACUUUGCUGUUCAGUCCUACAAGAAGGCAAAAGCUGCCCAUGAAAAUGGAAAGUUCGCCAAUGAGAUAGCCCCAAUCACUAUUAAGGGUUUCCGUGGUAAGCCAGAUACUGUUAUCACUGAGGACGAGGAAUACUCAAAACUUAAUGAACCAAAAUUGAGAUCUGCUAGAGCUGUCUUCAAGAAGGAAAAUGGUACCGUCACUGCUCCAAACGCUUCCCCUAUUAAUGAUGGUGGUGCCGCUGUUAUCCUGGUCAGUGAACGUAAGUUGAAAGAACUGAACUUGAUACCAUUGGCCAAAAUCAGAGGUUGGGGUGAUGCUGCCAGAGCUCCGGAAGACUUUACUAUUGCUCCAUCUUUGGCCGUUCCAAAGGCUUUGAAGCAUGCCGGUGUUGAUAUCAAUGACGUUGAUUUCUUUGAAUUCAACGAGGCCUUCUCCGUUGUUGGAUUGGCUAACCAAAAGAUCCUCAAUCUUCCAACCGAGAAGCUCAAUGUGUACGGUGGAGCAGUAGCCAUUGGUCACCCACUGGGCUGUUCUGGUGCUAGAAUUGUCGUCACACUGUUGAGUGUUUUGCACCAGGAGGGUGGUAAGCUUGGUGUUGCUGCUAUCUGUAACGGAGGUGGAGGUGCAUCUUCUAUUGUUAUAGAAGCUGUUACCUCAAAGAGUCAUAUUUGA